CGGCGCUGCUUCCCCACAGACCAGGAGCUGCGGAAUGUCAUCGACAAGCUGGCGCAGUUUGUGGCGCGGAACGGGCCCGAGUUCGAGAAGAUGACGAUGGAGAAGCAGAAGGAGAACCCCAAAUUCUCCUUCCUCUUCGGGGGAGACUUCUACGGCUACUACAAGUACAAGCUGGCCCUGGAGCAGCAGCAGCUGUUGUGCAAGCAAAGCCAAGAUAUCGAGGCUUCCGCACAGAUCCAGCCCCUGCCACAGCCCUCGCUGCCGCCGGCUGCGCCCAUCCCAGCCCCUCAGGGCACCCCGUCUGUGGAGGAGCUCAUCCAGCAGAGUCAGUGGAACCUGCAGCAGCAGGAGCAGCAUCUCCUCGCCAUGAGACAGGAACAAGUCACAUCAGCAGUAGCCCUUGCAAUCGAGCAACAAAUGCAAAAAGUUUUGGAGGAAACCCAGUUAGAUAUGAACGAAUUUGACAACUUGUUGCAGCCAAUAAUUGACACUUGCACAAAAGAUGCCAUCUCAGCUGGCAAGAACUGGAUGUUUAGUAAUGCCAAGUCUCCUGCUCACUGUGAGUUGAUGGCCGGGCACCUGCGGAACCGGAUAACGGCGGACGGAGCUCACUUUGAGCUGCGCCUGCACCUCAUCUACCUGAUCAAUGAUGUUUUACAUCACUGCCAGAGGAAGCAAGCACGAGAUCUUCUGGCUGCUUUGCAGAAGGUGGUGGUGCCUAUUUAUUGUACCAGUUUUCUAGCAGUGGAGGAGGAUAAGCAACAGAAAAUUGCCAGGCUUCUUCAGCUAUGGGAGAAAAAUGGGUACUUUGAUGAGUCCAUUAUUCAGCAGUUACAAAGCCCAGCUCUUGGACUUGGCCAGUACCAGGCAAAUUUGAUCACUGAGUAUGCAACGGUUGUCCAGCCUGUGCAGGUGGCUUUCCAACAGCAGAUUCAGAACCUGAAAACUCAGCACGAGGAGUUUGUGAACAGUUUAACACAGCAGCAGCAGCAGCAGCAGAUCCAAAUCCCCCCCCUCGAGAACGAGGUGAAAUCAACACCCCCACCUCAGGCCCCCACAGCAGCCCCAGCCUCAGCUCCUCCAUCUGUUCCAGUCACACAAGCAGAUGAUGGUAAAUCUCAGCUGCCUCUGGCUGGUUCUACAGACUAUGACACAAGUGGGUCUGGAGUGCAGGAUCCUGCCUCAGGUGGACCACGUGGGCCUGGAUCUCAUGAUCAGAUUCCCCCAAAUAAACCACCCUGGUUUGACCAACCUCACCCUGUUGCACCAUGGGGUCAACAACAGGGGCCCCCUCACUGUCCUCCCUGGAAUAACAACCACGAAGGAAUGUGGAACGAGCAGAGAGAUCAAGGCUGGAACAAUCAGCGAGAAACACCGUGGAACAACCAGCCUGAUCCUUCAUGGAACAACCAGUUUGAAGCACCGUGGAACAACCAGCAUGAGCAGCCUCCAUGGGGUGGGGGUCAGAGGGAACCUCCAUUUCGAAUGCAGCGGCCACCUCACUUCAGAGGCCCAUUUCCUCCACAUCAGCAACAUCCCCAAUUCAACCAGCCCCCGCAUCCGCAUAAUUUCAACCGCUUUCCACCUCGCUUCAUGCAGGAUGAUUUUCCACCACGCCAUCCCUUUGAAAGGCCUCCUUAUCCUCAUCGUUUUGAUUACCCCCAGGGGGAUUUUCCUCAAGAAAUUGGACCUCCUCAUCAUCAUCCUGGUCACAGAUUGCCUCAUCCUGGUAUCAGCGAGCAUCCUCCCUGGGGAGGGCCACAGCACCCAGAUUUUGGGCCUCCCCCACAUGGAUUUAACGGGCAGCCCCCUCACAUGCGGCGCCAAGGGCCCCCUCACAUGAACCACGAUGAUCCCAGCCUGGUGCCAAACGUUCCCUACUUCGAUCUUCCUGCUGGCCUGAUGGCUCCACUGGUCAAACUUGAAGAUCACGAGUAUAAACCUUUAGAUCCUAAAGAUAUUCGUCUUCCACCUCCAAUGCCCCCCAGUGAGAGACUUCUGGCUGCAGUUGAGGCAUUUUAUAGUCCACCAUCUCAUGACAGGCCUAGAAACAGUGAAGGAUGGGAGCAGAACGGACUGUACGAGUUCUUCAGAGCUAAAAUGAGAGCAAGGCGGAGGAAAGGUCAAGAGAAGAGAAACAGUGGGCCCUCUCGGUCUCGCAGUCGCUCGAAAAGCCGAGGCCGUUCAUCCUCUCGGUCUCACUCACGAUCUUCAAAAUCCUCCGGCUCCUACUCGAGGUCCCGCUCUCGCUCUUGCUCUCGGUCCCGAUCCUACUCUCGCUCGCAGUCCAGGAGCCGCAGCAGGUCCCGCUCCUCGCACAGCCGCUCGCGCUCCCGCUCCCGCUCCCGCUCCAAGUCCUACUCGCCGGGGAGGCGGCGCCGGUCCCGCUCUCGCAGCCCCACCCCUCCUUCUUCUGCUGGUUUGGGCUCCAGUUCUGGGCCUUCUAUACCAGAAUCGAGACUUGGAGAAGAAAAUAAAGGCCAUCAAAUGCUAGUGAAAAUGGGAUGGAGUGGAUCUGGUGGAUUGGGAGCCAAGGAGCAAGGAAUCCAAGAUCCAAUUAAAGGAGGUGACAUCCGAGACAAAUGGGAUCAGUACAAAGGAGUGGGAGUUGCAUUGGACGACCCUUAUGAAAACUACAGAAGAAAUAAAAGUUACUCAUUUAUCGCACGCAUGAAGGCCAGGGAUGAAUGUAAGUGA